AUGCUCUGCACUCAGCUCCCUGGAGACUUCAUGGACAGGGCUGUGCGAGACGACGCCAACAGAUGGCACGGCCAGCUCUCCACCUUCCUCUUCUCAGCGGAGCCGCUAACCGCCCUCAUGCGCUCGAGAGUCGGUCAGCUUCUAGCCCUUGUGAUCGUCGUGCCAUGGAUAGCUCUGCGAGUGCGAGGGAUAUCAGAGCUCCGUGACAAAGGCUUUUUCUUCCCCAACGAAGGCAACCUCCACGUAAUCUUGGAGCCUCAAGAGUUCCAGCUAGGGCUCUCCUGCGGGUCCGAAGCGAGGCUGGAGCUGCUGAGCGGUUUCCUGCCUCCCAUUGCGCUGAUCCUCGCUACGCUGGCGGCCAUGGCGAAGAGAGUCACCUGGGUUCGGCAGAUCUUCAUCUUGUUCGGCUUCCUGGACGCGAUUGUGAACCUCAUCGUCUUCACGCGACUAGUCCGGAACGAGCGAUACCAGAAGACCAUCUCGGGCACUCCAGCCUUCCUCUUCUUGCUCGACCUGGUGCUGUUUCCUUGCCCGAUGCUGUUUUGUGAGUUGUGCGUGAUAGAGCUUUGCAUGCUCUCGAACUUCAUCUACUUGUGUGCAGCAGCCCCUUGGUUUGUGCCCUACGACAGCAUCAUCGCCCUCGCCCUGCUCUGCUCUGCCCUUCUCUUCCGCAUGCUCUUGAUACGCAGAGGAGAGAGGCUCAUCGAGGAGGACCGAUCGGUCUUCACCAGGGAGUGGGAAGCGAUCAUGAGCCGGGACCCGGAGACUCUUCGGCUCCUCCAAGAUCGCGUGAGGGAGCACGAGGCUGCCGUUUCAGCCCAUGUUGAGGAGGUUGGGGAGGACGCGCAGGAGGUAGUCAAUGUCUCCUGCUCCUGCCGCACCCAACGAGUUUACAAGCUUGUUGCGGGUCUGUCCCAUGAGAACGGAGCUCAAAGCAUUCAGCAGCGAUCAGCCCUGGGAGUAGUUGGCAGUCUCGAUCAGUUGUACGCCAUAGCGGUGCUUGUUGAGCCGUGCUUCCGACGUAAGGCCCACAAGCUGGCUGAAGGCGCCAACGGGAUGCUGGCGCUGCCUGUCGCUGCAGACGGCGGCAUGGAGUAUGUGCGGUUGCAGGAAGCGCAGGAGGACGCGAGAGCAAGGAAGCAGCUCGAGAGUGCAGGACUGAAGACUGCGAGCCGAGCGAUCGAAAAGAUCCUUUCCCUGUGCCAAGGAGACACUUCAAGGCUGCUUGACGUGGUGCGGCAGUGUAUCGUCUUCGAGCGCCUCCAGGACCUCUGCGACUGCCUCGACCGCAUCCUCGAAGACCCUGAGCUGGUAGUGAUGCGGAUCAAGAACAGGCUGGACCCGAGCUACAACUCGAGGACGACGGGAGGGUACCGGGACGUAGUGAUGAACGUGCGGGUGGUGACGGAGAGGACGAGGGAGCUGGGGGUAGCAGGGCAUAUCUGUGAACUUCGGCUCAGCAUUGUCGGAUUGCACAGGCUCUGCACUCCAGAGCGCCGGCUGCGGUACCGGAAGUUGAAGCACAUGCUGAGGGAUCAGGGUGUGUGGCAGAGGUUGACGAGCAGGAGGUCGAAGGCGGAGCUGGUGAUGAAGACGAGUGUGUCCUCGAUCCAAGAGAGCAUAGACAGAGUUUCCGCCCGACUCCUCGAGAAGGACAAGCUGAUGGGGUCAGACGUGCAAGAAGAGGGUCAGCAGCAAGAUGGCUGCUUCCUUGACUGGACGCUGAAGCUGAGAGGGAGGUACCCAGGAGGCAUCAUGGACGAGAAGCUGCGGAGUGUUGUGACGGGGAUACAAACUUCAAUGACAUCGAGCGUGAUCUUCUCCUCCAGCCCAGUCACCAACGCUCUCCACAAAACAACCUUCCGACUCGCGCUGAUCUUCACGGGAAUCCUGCUGACCUACAUGUACAGCUCGACACACAACAUGCGCCCCAUUAUGAGCAACAACUCUUCUGUUGUUCACGUUGCAAGGCUUGAGAUUCUCCAAUACCGAGAUCAAGUCCCGCGUACCUCCGUGCCCCAAGCUUCCGUCUCCAACUUCACCCUCGUGCUGAACAGCUGUGCAGAGCUUAGCCCCUCCUCCUCCAAGGCUCUCAACGACUCUCUCUACUUCUUCUUCUCUCCCCCAGUGGAGGCCAAUGGGUGGCGCUCCUCCCUCAGCCGUCAGACGCAGGGGAAAGGACUCGACCCUGUCGCGUUUCAUCUCUUCGUCCUCGACCAGCCGGCAAGCGGAGGUGUUGCGCUACCAGCAGAGAGAUGGAAGAAGUGGACAGACUUCUCUUGCGAGGCGACUCCGAGCGAGAGCAUCUGCGACCAGGGGAAGCAGAGUACGGGAGCUCGCAUCAGCUUCAACGUCGAGGUCAGAAUGGACAGGUACUUCUAUCACUUCUUUGCCUUCUACCAGCCCUUUGCUUGCUUCUCCUCGGUCUUGGCCUCCCGUCUCGGCCAUUACAAGACCUCCAAGUUCUUCUUCGCGUCCUUGUUCCACGUCGUCGGAGCCUGGGAGUUCUAUCUGGCAGCCGCCAAGGCGAAAACGGUGCAGAGGCUCAUCUACCAGCUCAUCUGGGCGAUCUCCGACUCGUCCUUCGGGCUUGUGAUCCAGCUGGCAGAGCAGUACAUGAUGAGACUUCUGCCCAUCUACUCGUUCCUCACCUCCGUCGGAGGGUCUGCCGCUCUGACAAACUUCUUUCAGAGCUCAGUGACGGUGAUCGACAUGGGCUACUCCAACUUCAUCCUCAUGACCGUGUGGCUCUACUUCAUCAUCGGGCGCAGGGUGCACCUCCUCCAUGCCUCUCGCAACAUCAAGGCUGAGAGGCAGCAGUACGACGAGCUCUGGUCCAAGCUCUCUGCCUCCGAAGACACUCAGCGAUUGUUGGAUCGCAUCAAGAACGCAUCAAAGCUUCAUUCGACUGAGAGCAUCGCUCAGCGAAGGCUCAACGACUCCGCCGACUCUCCCCGAGCGACCUCGGAUCUCCUAGACUGGGUCAUGAAGGGCAGCCAUGAACACUCGUUCUCCAACAUCGUUCCCAGUAAGACCAUGUGGCAGGAGAGCGAGGAGCCUCGAGUCACGUCGCUCGACCAGCUCUACAUGCAGGCAGUCUUCAUACACCCGAUCUUCCUCAAGAAAGUUCAAGACCUCGCUGCGACCUCCCGCGGUCUCUUCCCUUCCAACUCCCAGGAGGGGAGUGACCCGGUGGAGUAUGUCGCAUGGGAGGACGCCAUGGGAGACGAGAAUCUCAAGCAGAGGGUCCGAUGGGCGCAUGUCAAGACCUUGGAACGAUCGAUACAGAAGCUUGUUCGCUCCUACAACAGUGAAGUGCCCAGGCUGCUUGACGUGGUGCGGCAGUGUAUCGUCUUCGAGCGCCUCCAGGACCUCUGCGACUGCCUCGACCGCAUCCUCGAAGACCCUGAGCUGGUAGUGAUGCGGAUCAAGAACAGGCUGGACCCGAGCUACAACUCGAGGACGACGGGAGGGUACCGGGACGUAGUGAUGAACGUGCGGGUGGUGACGGAGAGGACGAGGGAGCUGGGGGUAGCAGGGCAUAUCUGUGAGCUGCAGAUGAUAACGAGAGAGUUCAUGGACAAGCGCACUGUAGAAGGACACAAGCUGUAUGUAGCAUUUCGAAACCUACGAUGUGAAUAG